UCUACAAAUUAUUCAUUCAUCUAUCAUCUUCCAGCCAGUAAAUUUUUCAUGAGUUGCGGAUGAUGUGAAUGGAUGAAAGAAACCAUCAUUUUUAAGAUUAGGAGCUAAUUUGGAUUCGGAGAACUUUUACAAACCCGUUUGUUACGCGUUAAGUGAUGGCUAGCAAUCAAGAAAUCACGGGCCCAGUGUCACAGGAGGACAUAGAGGCGGCAGAAAAAUUGAAAAAUGAAGCAAAUGACUAUUUCAAAAAACAAAAUUACGAUACCGCAAUCGAGUUUUACUCGAAGGCUAUUGAGAAGAACCCUAAGAAUGCGGUUUUCUACGCAAAUAGGAGUAUAGCGAAUUUGAGACUUGAGAAUUUCGGAUAUGCCUUGACUGACGCCUCUAAGGCCAUAGAGUUAGACCGAUCCUACACCAAGGCGUACUACAGGCGGGCUGCGGCUCAUAUGUCCCUAGGAAGGUACAAACUAGCACUUAAGGAUUUUGAAUAUGUAACCAAAGUUAGGCCAAAUGAUCAAGAUGCAAAAAUGAAGUAUAAUGAAUGCAAUAAAAUAGUUAAGAAGAUCGCCUUUGAAAAAGCCAUUUCUGUGGAUAAAAAGGAAGUGAACAUCGCAGAUAGUAUCAACUUGGAUGCUAUGACCAUAGAAGACGAAUACGAAGGUCCCGAGCUAGAAGAUGGCAAGGUCACACUCAAAUUCGUUACCGAACUUAUGGAAUUUUUCAAAACACAAAAGAAGCUUCACAAGAAAUAUGCUUACAAGAUCUUAAUUGACGUCAAAGCGUACCUCCAAGAGCAGCCCUCACUAAUCGACAUUAAGGUCCCAGACGAUGCAAAGUUCACAGUCUGUGGAGACAUUCACGGACAGUACUAUGACCUCAUGAAUAUAUUCAAAUUGAACGGUCUGCCUUCGGAGACCAAUCCAUACCUGUUCAAUGGAGACUUUGUGGACCGAGGAUCCUUCAGUGUGGAAUGUAUUUUUGUGCUGUUCAGUUUUAAACUGCUGUACCCUAACCACUUCUAUAUGUCAAGAGGCAACCACGAAACCCGGGACAUGAACCGCAUGUACGGUUUCCAAGGUGAAGCGUCAUCCAAGUACAACUCCCAGAUGGCUGAUCUAUUCACGGAGGUAUACAACUGGCUGCCUCUAGCUCACUGCAUCAACGGACGGGUUAUGGUCAUGCACGGAGGACUGUUCUCGAAGGAUGACGUCACGCUCGAUGACAUCAGGAAGGUGGAUAGGAAUAAGCAGCCGCCUGAAGAUGGCAUAAUGUGCGAGCGUUAAUUUGACAGUGGCGGUUGAGCGGAGACGAGAAGUGGAAAUAAUGAAAUCUGAUUGGUUAAUCAACACACUUCUCCGCUCGGCUCCGUUUUGGUGGAGACCGGGCCUUAUUUCACACAUGUGACUGCGACUCAAUUACAUAGCCAAAACAAGUGCUCUUUACAAAAACGAACGAAAGCACAGUCUUUUAGACAAAAUUCAAAGCUUAAAGCAAAUUAACGAACAAAGUAUAAAACUAGACGAAGAAGAAAACGACUUUACAGUUUUAAAUUCAUGAGUUGUUUACGAAAUGCACAAACCAAUAAGUAUCAAUACCUCCUAAAAAGUAAUACGAAUUUCAAUUUUAUUAGUUUGUGUUAAAAUUUGAAUUUGUUUAACUGCGCACUUGGCUGCUGUGACGUCACAUCGCCGCUCUGGUACGGACAGGGCGAACGCGGGGAGGUGUGCGAGUGAGAGUCGCAUUCCAACGAGGUGCUCAGUUAGCUUAAAUCGGGUUGUAGAAGGUAUUUUUACUUAUUUUUAACUUGUUGAAUCGUUCUUUCAAAUGUUCUGACGGUUUGUAAAAACAUAUUAACAAAUGAAUAUAAAAUGUGAUCGAAUUAACGCGAAAUCUAAAUUAUUUUACUUUUGUUGUUGAAAUGUUAACUUUUUCUGCGAUUUUGCGUUAUUUCAAUUGAAUUCAGUUUAACAAAAAUAGUUUUUGGUCCACAUACGAAGCUUACGGUAAGAAUAUUAUUUAAAUAAGUAUAAAUCUAACAUAGAACCUGCA